UAGUUUUAUAAUAUGCCAGGAGAAUUUUUCCAUAGUCAAUAUGUUGCUUAUUUGCACUUAGCUACAUUGCAUCAAUAAUCUGAAAAAGAGAAAUAGCCUGGUUAUGGCUAGAGAUUCUGAUUAGAGGCUAAGAUUUCUAUCAUGGACUGCUUUCAACUGUUAUAUUUUAUGGCACAGAUUCAGUGGGAAUCUGAUCUGCUAAAAUAUUUGGGCUGUGAAAACUCCCACACUGUGACAGAUGUCAAGUCCAAUUAAGUGACUCAUGUCCAGGUUUCUGUCCAAUAGGAUUUCCCAUUAAAUAUCAAUUUAGGGGAAAAAAUUCCAUCCCCCUUCUUAAGCCUUUAUCUCUUCCACCAUCUCCAGGCUGAAUCAAUUGGUACCAAGAGAGCCAAGAAGCCACACACGCAUCUCUGUCUCUUUGCUCUGGCUCUCCCACCCUCUCGCCUCUUUCUCCGCUUCCCUGUCACUGUUACUCCGGGAGACGUUCACUUUUCACCAACCUUUCUCCAAGCAUCUCCAAGCCACUGACUCUAUAUAUUUUGCUACAAGAGACCCAGAAGAGGAAAAGAGGCAAGAGACUUUUCAACACAUCGUUAAAAAAAAAACAAAAACAAAAAAAACAACAACGAAUUUCCCGAAAUGUUUGAGAACAAUUAAAAGGAAAAGGCGUUUUUUUGAUCUAUCAACUAAGUGAACAAUCAUUCAUACCGUCCCUCGCUGUGGACACCAGCGAGAUGACAGCUGCUUUUUCAUUUUUGAAUGUAAUAAAUAUUUGCUGCUUUUAAUAUAUUUCGGAAUUUCUCCCCGCUAUUCCCUGGGAUUUUAACUCUAAAAGAUUGGAGAAAAGAUUAUCGAAAGGGCUUUUACAAGCCUCCAAAAUGAUGCUGAGUCCGGACCAAGCCGCCGACUCGGACCACCCCAGCUCGGCGCACUCGGAUCCGGAGUCGCUGGGAGGCGCAGACGCCAAGGUGCUGGGCAGCGUGUCGGACCUGGAGCCGGUGGAGGAGGCCGACGGCAAGGGCGGCAGCAGGGCCGCGCUCUACCCGCACCCGCCGCAGCUGAGCCGCGAAGAGAAGCGCCGCCGCCGGCGCGCCACGGCCAAGUACCGCUCGGCCCACGCCACCCGCGAGCGCAUCCGCGUGGAGGCCUUCAACCUGGCCUUCGCCGAGCUCCGCAAACUGCUGCCCACACUGCCCCCGGACAAGAAGCUGUCCAAGAUCGAGAUCCUGCGCCUGGCCAUCUGCUACAUCUCCUAUCUCAACCACGUCCUGGACGUCUAGGGCCGGGGUCGCGGCUAGGGGCCGCCUGGCCGGGAGUGGGUGAAACGCAGCCUACUGGGGCGGCCGCCGCGGGGAUGGCGGUGGAGGCGGCGGCCCAGCGGGACGGCGGCCACCAGGCCUUGGACCCGGGAGGAGGCUCGCACUGUGUUCUCUCCUGUCCGCCCGGCGACUCUGUAAGGUUUCCGACUCCAGAAGGGUGGGGUUGUCUGGGGAGUCCUGGGGCCUGCAAGGAGUGUUUUUCAGGCAAGGCGAACCUCCUGGAGGUACCCAGACAAGUGACCUCCAGGCCUCCCCUCCACGUGUUAGGAUCCCUUUAGGGAUUGUUGCUUUAGCUCACUGGAGACUUUGAGUUCUCCUGCAUUCAUCUCCCACAGAUCUUCAUGUUUUGAAAGGAUGAGGGGCAGAAGCUCAGAGUCUGGGCUUUUAUCUUUAGACUAUCUGGCUAUUUUUUCUAAUUGACAAAUCACCAAACAUUCGGAGGGGAGGGGAGCGAAUCGCCUCCAGGGCAAAGAUUUAAGGCACAGAAAAGUGGAACACAGAAAACUUUCUGUUCCGUUGUGAAAAGGAAGGUUAUAUUAGAAUCCAAAUGAAACAGACAAGCCUGGGCUAUUUGGUAAGGCUAAAAAGACACAUUGAGAACAGACACUGUGGAGAGAUUUGAAUUUGGUGAGAUUUUUAACCCCAAGGUCUGAUGCUACUGGGGACAGGAGAGUCCAUAUUUAAAUGGAAAAUUUAAUAUCUGAUUGCUUUUUCAGGCGAAGUGCCCCUUUAUAUAUCCAAAAACAUCUAUUUGUGACCUUAAACAUGUGGACCCAUAGGUGCAGUUAGAAAAAGACAACCUAUUUUUAUUUAUGUUAGAAGGAGUAGAGUAUUUUUUUCAGACAUUUAUUUUUCAGAGUGGUGAUAAUUUUACUUUGGAUACUCUGUGCCAAUUUAUUUAUAGUCAAGUGUUUACACUUUCUCCUUGUGGAAUAAUUAUGUCUAACUUUUUACGGUGUUUGUUAAGAUUAUACUGUGGUCUUUCUUUUUGCUCUAAUUAUAUUGCACUUGUAUAACAAAUUUCCCAUACCUCCCCGUUUCUAAACAUAUUUUAUAUAUUAAGAUGUUUGUUGGUUCUUUUAUUGUGAGAUCAGCAACACUAGCACUUCACUAUUAUAGUUUUUUAAAAAGUAAGCGUUGUUAUCCUUAUCCGUAGUUAUGUCUGAAAAGUACUUUGCGAACCGUUUAAAAGGAGAGUAGCUUCUUUGUGUGUGUGUGCGCGUGUGAUGUUUGUGUGUGGGAUGGUUUUAGGAAAUUAAGUUAUUUUCCUAAAAAAAAAAAAAAAAAAAAGAAUUCAGAACUACUUUCCUCUGUGGCAACCAAAAAGAAAAGUCUAUAACCUGAUAAUGUUUCAUGUUCUCAGCUGUGAAACUCUUAAAACAAGGAGUGUAUUUUAGAGAUAAGGGGAAAAAAAAAGAACCACAUCUGCUAUCCAAAGAAUUUAGUCUUUUCAGGGUUUUUUUGUGUCUCUGUUGCUUUAUAUAAUGCAAUAUUUUGUAGUGAAAAUAGAUAUAAUCUGGUUUCUAUCUGACGAGUUUUUCAUAUCUCAUGAAUGGUGCGCUGUUUUGCAUAUAAAUAAAGGUAUCAAAUAAAGUUAUCUCCUUUAUU